UCUGAAUCGCUUAGGUUUAGCUUACUCCUUCAGAGGGUUUUAGAGACCCCUGGGUUUGAUAUAUUUCGUUGUUGGGUUCUUCUGGCGCUAUGGAAGAAUCAGAGAUCAGUAAAUUCGUAGCCUUUUGUGGGUUUUCCUCCAUGAAAAACUUACUUGAUCUCUUUAAUGGCUGAAGAAGAAGCUAUUUAUCUGAUCAACUAAGAGGUGAAGAGGCAGGCAAUACAUCCUUUUUCUAGGCAAAGGCACGAUUGCCCUACAAGAUGGAGGACAAAGUUACGUCUUGGGUUGGUGGUAUAUACAGAAAGGUUGAAGCUAUGUGUAUGGAGGCGGAUGAUAUGAUGCGCCAGGAAGCACAAGCCUUUGUAGAAAUCCAUUUACAAAGCGUGGGUGCCAAUGUGAAGCAGUUUUGCUCGGAAUUUGUACGAGAUGUGCUUCCUCAGUCUUCUAAUGGAUCAUCUACCGGAAUGAAGCAACGUUUUCAGGUCUCGAAGGAAACUACUGGUGCAGUUACCUACAAGAACUCCAAGUCAGCUGUUGAGGAAGAGCAACUUCAAAUUCAAAAACAUGACAUGCUCCCAGAAAAGAUAGAUCACGAGGGGUCGGUUUCGUGCAACAACCCACCUAUUGAGGCCACACUUCAAACCGAGGUUCCUUCGGAGGUGACCUUAGAAGAAAGCUAUUACCGGGAGGAAACCCAACUUCAAUGCGAAAAAGAUGGUGUGACAUCAGAGGAUCGUUGCCAACCCGCGGUCUCUGAUGAUCUACUGGAGCAACACUCUUCCUCCAGUGAUGUUAAAUCUGCAGCAGCUGCUGAACUGGCAGACUCCGGUGAUGAUGAUAGUUUGAAUGCUGAAUGUGCUCCUUAUGAGCAAGCCACUGCAGGACAAUUCGAUGGUUGUUGCACCAAUGAAACUCCAAAUUCGAUAUCUCCCAAUGGAGUGAAGCUUGACGAAAGCUGCAUUGUAGUGGAUGAUUUAGAACUCUACGCUCUUUCGAGUCAGGAAAGACGCUACAGAACACACUGGUCUUACAAGAAGAAGUUGAAGGAAGUUCUGGGCUUGGCAUCACAGUCGAGGAAACAGAAUCGGAGAAACCCGGAUCCUGCAGCAGCUUACCCGGAAGUUAGAGAAGUGGAAGAAGGCGGUGAUCAGGAGGACUGUGGAUCAGACUGGGAAAUCAUCUGAGCAGUAGGAAUUCUUCUGAAACUUUUUAAAGUUUUCUGGUGGUCGAGAAGAAAUGAAUAAUGAGUGUAGAGAGAAAGAGAGGGAGUUUAAGAUGGAGUAAUUUUGCGGCAGACCAAAACAAACUGAUUACUUUCUCUGUAAUGCGGAGGAGAUGGCUUUACAGUUCUUCUGAACUCUCCCACCAGCAUGUCGUUUGUUACUCCACUGGCGCUGGCAAGGGUUGUAGCCAUUGAUUUAUGCAGACUGAGAGUUUCGAUUGAUACACGUAUGAUCGGUCGACGUUUCAACUUUUUUCACGUUUGUCACUAGAAAAAGUUUCAUUUUUUACAAGUUACAAACUUGAAAUAUUUUUUUCUUCAUUGGUCACUGGCCGAGUGGCCGCUUAAUUUAG